GCGACGGGCCCAGCGGCCCGAGGCCCGCUGUGGCGCCGGGAGCUGCCGUGGAGGCCUCAGCCGGGGUCCCGCGCCCUGCCUGGGCAUGAGGCGGGGCCGGGGCCGCUGUCAACCGCUUCUGCGGGGAGAAGAUGAAUAUCUGCAAUAAACCUAAUAAUAAGAUAGCUCCAGAGGAUUUGGGUGAAGCUGUCCCUGARGUGAAGGUCCAACGUGCUCGAAGAAAUGGCUGGAGCUGGCCCCUGCACCUGUUCCAGAUCAUUGCCUGGCUGCUGUUCCUCUUCUUUGCACUGGUUGGCUUUGGAAUCCUGGUUCCUCUCCUGCCCCGCCACUGGCUGCCUGCUGGUUAUAUCUGUCCAGGAGUGUGUUUUAUCUACCAUUUAGUUGUUCAUCUUACUGCAGUCUCCAUUGAUCCUGCAGAUGCAAAUGUGCGAGAAAAAAACUAUCUGGGGCCUCUGGCCACAUUCAACCGUAACCAGCAUGCACAUGUCAUUGAAAACCAUCACUGCCAUGUCUGUGAUGUAGAUGUGAGUGCCAAGUCAAAGCACUGUGGAACUUGCAACAAGUGUGURUGUGGCUUUGAUCAUCACUGCAAAUGGCUCAACAAUUGUGUGGGAGAGAGGAAUUACUGGCUCUUUYUGAAUAGUGUGCUGUCUGCCAUUCUGGGCCUGGGCCUUCUGCUGCUCGUCGCUUUCUACGUCUUUGUGGAGUUCUUCGUUGACCCCACAGUGCUUCGCUCUGACCAGCACUUCGAUGCUCUGAGGAACCACMUGGACCGCUGGUUUGUGUUUCUUCCUGCAACUCCUGUUGAGACUCAGGCACCUGCCAUUUUGAUCACAGCUGGGAUUUUUAUUCUUCUGAGCCUGGUGACCAUGAUCCUGCUGGGCCACCUCUUGACCUUUCACAUCUAUCUCUUGUGGCACAAGCUGACUACGUACGAGUACAUCCUGCAGCAGCGUCCCCAGCAAGGGCCAGACAAGGCAGACAAGAAACAGGAGUCUGCUUCUUCCCAAGUGAGACCCAGUCAGGAAGCAGACUUAUUGUCAGGUAAUCCUGUCUAUACUGACCCUGGAAUUCAAGUAGAGGAAUUCUCAACAGUAACUUCGGGAAAAAGCUUUCCAAAGCACCAAGAAAGCAACUCCAAGCAAAGCUCAUCCCCUCAGCCUCCAUCUCCUCACUCUGCAACCCCUUCUCAGCAACAGAAGAAAAGAAGAAAGAAGAUGCAGAAGGCUUCUUCAGCAAUGGACAGUGGAUCUAAAGUACCUGCUACACCUUGGCCCUCCUUCCCAGAUCCCCAGUCAGACAAUCCCAGAGGACUCAGGAAGAAGAAUCUGUAUUCAGAGCACAAGGUAAAAAGGAGAAGCUGCCAGCAGGACAGACAUGUGGAACGAGAUCUGGAACUUUUUUGUAAGACUCCUGAUGUGUUUGUAAGUAAGAGCAGUGGAGAACCUCUUGUCCCUCAGCCCCAGCCCAGUGAGAGCACAUCCGAGCCUGACCACAGAAAAUGCACCAGCAAGCAGCAUGUGGGCACACAUGAUCCAUGCUCAAAGGAAAUAAGGACGAGCACCACAGCAGCCUAGGGAUCAUCAUUCCAAAGCCUUGGCCUUUGGGAGCAGCGUUGGUGCUGUGUGGAGGCCUAUGGGACUCACCCCUCACUGCAUGUGCUGUCAGGCUGCAGUGGGACAUUUCUCAUCCUCGACCAAAGGCAAGAGGCUGCAAGGUGGCAAACCUGAGGUAGACUUGUUGCUCAAGAGAGCUCAUGAGCUUUCCCUGGGAAAGGGCCAGCCCCAUCUGGCCCUCUGCACACUGGUACUGGAGUGACUUCCCAGGAGAGUGAGUGUAUGRGGAAGAACAAGGCUGCACUUCUGCCAUUCCCUGCACCCUGAAAGCUGUACUGCCCAUCUGCCUAUAUCCUGUCAGUCUUUGGAUCAUGCUCAGGGGCUUCAGCAGGUGGUCAGGGAGUACCUCAGGAUUGCCCCAUCCCUAUACYGCUUUCCACUGUGCGUCCUCAAGCCAAGUCCUCCACCAGCAUGUUCUCUGUAUGUGGCAGCAUAGUUUGACCUGCYUCCCCUUCCCAGCAAUCUGGGGUGUCCCACACUGCAGCGUUCUCAUCAGAAGUUUUGGAUACAGCAGGUCCUGAAACCUUUCCAAUUCCUGGGCUGCCAGUCCACAGCCAAGCCUGGGGUGUGUGUAGUGCAGGAAAAUCCCACGGCAGACAGUGAGGCACAUGGCCAGUGCCUCGAGCCACAGCACMCUGUGCUGGGGGUGAGCUGCAGAGAGCUGUCUGGGCUGCCAUCCUACAGCACCUGUGCUCUCCCUGCCCUCGUGGCUUCCCCAGGCAGCAUGCCCUGUUCCACAUCCCUGGCUGAGGGCUGAGGCUAGGCUUCCAGCAAGCCCAGAUCUGCCUAGCAGCCAGCUAAUCUCAGAGCCCAGAUAGCAGCUACACACACAUCUCCAUGGGCUUUGCCACCGGCUGUGACAGACACAUGGCUGUGUCUGACGGGAUUUGGCACAGCCCUGAACAGCAGCACUGGCAUGGCUGGAUGCACAUUUCCAGACAAAUCCCCAGCACAGCACACUGCUGUGAACAAACAGGUGUGCCAGGGAAGGAAAGGAAGCCAGGGGAGUCUUCAUCACCCUUCCAAAUGCUUUAUUGCAUGGAAAGCACAACUGACCUUUCCCAGGCUGCGAUGUGUUCAGGUUAGGGAAGGACAGGACAAAGCAGGGUGCUCUGAGAGUCAAGCUAAGCUGUUCACCCCUUGUCUAGCUCAGCCUGUGAGCAUUCCUUGGAACUGGGCCAGAGCAGGACAGGGGAUCUGGGGACAAAGGCUCUUUGGGCACAGCCAAUACAGGACAGGCAGACUGGACUCCCAGCCUUGAUGGGAGAGACUGGCCUCAGGAGAAAGAUUUGGAGGUGUUUUAAAGGGCUGCCUUAUCACUCUUUUGUCUGAUUUUUGCUUCCUGAAGGAACUGGGAUGAAAAGCUUUGACUCUUCAUCAAGCUACACARUCUGUUGAUCAGUAAAAGUGAAGUUUCACAUAGCUGUUGAAGUCAUUUKAUCUCAGUUUGCAGGAUGGGCUGGCCUGUGGUCACACUCCUUGCAGCUUCCCUGGCUGCUGUGGCCAGUGGUACCCGCUGGCAGCAUGACCCUUUGGAAAAGCAGGUGAGUGUGGACCAGCAGAUGGCAAUGGGUGUCUGCAGAGACCASGGCAUUCCUCACCAAUGGGUCCCAGUUAGAGAAAGUCCUUCCUGGUGUUUCUCCUCAUGUCCGCUGUUAUCCAAGGAAACUACAUCCUGCAGCAAUGCUGRGCUUACAGUUUUCCAAGGUCAGCUGUCCCUCCACCAGAAAGCAUUGGUAAUUUCUCUGCAGCAGGUGCCCCUGAGCAGACCUUGUGUGUUUUCUUACRCUGUCCAUGCAGAAUCAAUCCCAAAAUCUCAUAUGGAUCUCUUUAGUAGCUCUGGCCACAAUAAAAUUUUCUAUAUUCUUUGCUAAA